AUGCAGGGCCUUGAUCCAGCGGUCGGGCCUCGAAUGCCUGUUUCGAAGAAUAACACUGUCAAUUCAAUGAAUUAUAAUGCAAAUUUGAUAAAACCGAAAGAUGGAAGUAAUGCGAAAGAAAACUUGGCAAAUGAAAAGAUUGUAGAAGACCAAACACAAGUAGAUGAAUCUACCAACAAUACCAACAAAGAACAAGCCGAAAUCAUACCGAUGGAUAGAGUUAAAAAAAUGGGCAACAUCGAUGCUGUCCGUAAGAGGAACAAAGCAGAAUUGGAAAAAGAACUCGAAGAAAUAAAAUCUAUCCAUGAAAUGGACAACGCAAAACCGUUCAAUGCAAUAAUGAACACAGAUCUCCAUGUGACUAUUGAUGAAAAAAAAUGCAAGCUUUAUGAAACAUAUGAUGAGCCAACAGUUGAUGAUGAAGUAGAAGAUCAACUCAUAUAA